AUGCGUUUCGGUUCGGGCAGUUACGAUGUACGCCGGAGCGAAGGGCUGAAUCCGUCGCUGCUCACCAGUGCCCGACACACGAUCACCUGCACCGUAUCGUUCCUUGACGCCUCCGAACGGCAGUUUCAAGUAGACAGGCACGCUCAUGGCUCAGUUCUGCUCGAUAAGGUCUUUGCACAUUUGGAAUUGGUUGAACGUGAUUUUUUCGGGCUACAGUUCCUCUAUGUACUGGGAACGAAGGACACGCAGAAGCGAUGGCUGGACCCAAACAAAUCGAUUCGGAAACAAAUGGUCUGCCCUCCAUUUCAUCUCUGUUUCCGGGUGAAAUUCUACGUGAGCGAUCCAAGUAAGCUGGUCGAAGAAUACACAAGGUACCACUUCUUUUUGCAACUACGACUCGAUAUGCUUGAAGGUCGUCUUCCAAGUGCUGAAGGAUCGCUUGCAUUGCUAGCCAGCUAUGCUGUCCAAUCCGAAUUGGGUGACUACUCACCAGAAGAUCAUCCCGAAGGCUACCUUAAUCAGUAUCGAUUCGCUCCAACCCAAUCCAUCGAUUUCCCGAAAAGGGUCGCUGAACUACAUGCGAUGCAUCGUGGACAGAGUCCAGCCGAGGCCGAGUUCAACUUUUUGGAACAUGCCAAAAAGCUCGACAUGUAUGGAGUGGAUUUAUAUGCGGCCAGAGAUGGGAAGAAUCUCCCGAUAGGGAUCGGUGUGAACUCGUAUGGUAUGGUAGUAUUUCAUGAAGGCACGAAAAUCAACGAAUUUGCCUGGGCGACAAUUAUGAAGAUCAGUUUUAAAAAGAAGAAUUUCUAUGUACAUAUCAAGUUAGGAGAACCGAACGCCCCUGAUACCGUACUGUCGUUCCACGUGAUGUCAUCACCAGCAUGUAAACAGCUAUGGAAAGCCUGUAUCGAACACCAUACGUUCUUUCGCCUAAUAGCUCCACCAUUGGCACCUCCUCGUGGUCUGCUGUCGAUCGGAAGCAAGUAUCGUUACUGUCCGGAUUAUGUAGUAGUCUACAGUACCACAAGUUAG